AUCCUAUAAAUACAUGCCCAUCUCAGAUUGCCAAGAUCAUCAUCAGUCGUGUGUCUCUCGUGUGUUAGCCACACGCCACUGUCUAAUUGUCUAUUAUCCUUUGCAUGCCCCUCUCCAGCUGCUUCAUCUGUUCGUCCACAAGCAACUAAGAUGAUGGGUGAGAAUCGAGCGAGGGUCGUGGCGUUGGUGGUGGCUGUAGUGGUGGUCGUCGUUGGUGUCGCCGGCAAUGUCGCGGCGGCGCAGGCGGCGGUGACGGUGGCGGACCUGCAGAGGGUGGCCGGGUCGCUGCAGAUGUACGUGGACGCGCUGCCGCAGAUGGCCAAGAUCCGUGGCUAUGGAUUCCAGCGCGGCCAAGCCGUGCCCAUCAACCUCACCAUCGGCAUGUACCAGAAGACCUGGAAAUUCCACCGCGACCUGCCGGCGACGCCGGUGUUCGUGUACGGGCAGUGCCCGGACUCGGCGACGUUCCCGGGGCCGACGAUCAUGGCGCGGCACGACGUGCCGCUGUUCGUGAGGUGGGAGAACCACCUCCCGGCGUCGCACAUCCUUCCGUGGGACCCCACCGUCCCCACCGCCAUCCCCAAGAACGGCGGCGUCCCCACCGUCGUCCACCUCCACGGCAGCGCCCACCCGCCGCAGUCCGACGGCAGCGCCUUCGCCUGGUUCACCGCCGGCUUCGCCGAGAAGGGACCCGCCUGGACCCAGGCCACCUACCGCUACCCCAACGUCCAGCCUCCGGGCAACCUCUGGUACCACGACCACGCCCUCGGCCUCACCCGCGCCAACCUCCUCGCCGGCCUCCUCGGCGCCUACGUCAUCGAGAAGCCCGAGGUGGACACCCCCAUGGACCUCCCCUGCGACGACGACGACCUUCACCUCGUCAUCGCCGACCGGAGCUUCAACGUCGACGGCUCGCUCUACAUGAACUCCACCGGCGUCGCGCCCAACAUCCACCCGCAAUGGGCGCCGGAGUACUUCGGCGAGGCCAUCACCGUCAACGGCAAGGCGUGGCCGUUCCUCGUCGUCCACCGCCGCCGCUACCGCCUCCGCAUCCUCAACGCCAGCAACGCCCGCUACUUCAACGUCUCCCUCUCCAACGGCCUCCCCAUCCACGUCGUCGGCUCCGACGCGUCCUACCUCUCCGCGCCGGUCACCGUCUCCAACCUCCUCCUCUCCCCGGCCGAGAUCUUCGACGUCGUCGUCGACUUCUCCCAGUCGCCGACGGCCGAGAUCGAGCUGCUCAACUCGGCGCCCUACCCGUUCCCCACCGGCGCCGCCCCCGGCCCGCUCAACGGCAAGGUGAUGAAGUUCAUCGUCCAGCCGAACGGGCCGCUCGACCCGCCGGACAACUCGACGGUGCCGGACCACGAGGUGCCGUACGCGAGCGUGACGGCGCUGCCGCCGACGACGAUGACGAGGUACAUCGUGAUGUACGAGUACCUGACGCCGACGGGGCAGUCGACGCACCUCUACAUCAACGGGCUCCGCCUGGAGGACCCGGUGACGGAGACGCCCAAGUCCGGCACGACGGAGCUGUGGCAGGUGAUCAACCUCACCGGCGACAACCACCCGCUGCACAUCCACCUGGGGAUGUUCCAGGCGGUGAAGAUGCAGCAGCUCGUCAACCUGCAGGCCUUCACCGACUGCAUGACGGCGGUCAACGACGCGGUCAAGUGCAACGUCGACCAGCACGCCGUCGGCCCCGUCGUGCCGGUGCCGGACCACGAGAAGACGUGGAAGAACGUCAUCAAGGUGCCCCCGGGCUUCGUCACCUCGGUGGUCAUCGCCUUCAAGCUCGUCGACACCAACCAGACCUACCCCUUCGACACCACCGCCGAGCCGGGAUACGUCUACCAUUGCCACAUCUUGGAUCACGAAGACAAUGCCAUGAUCAGGCCACUCAAGUUGCUUGCAUGAACACGAUAAAACACGGUGCUGACAUUGACGAGAUGAUCAAGAUGCCUCACCAGGAUCAAUAAUUCGAGGAUUUCCAUUUGCGUGGGAAAAGAGAUAUAUAUAUAUAUAUAUAUAU